CUUUUGAGAUAUCAAUCCCAUUGGGGCUGACUUGUUCAACUGUCAUCUUCCUGCAAACAAAAAGCAGAUGAACAAUUCUGAAAUCCUGUAAGGCGAUCCGUCACUAUCAGGCCCUCCCCUUCUCUACUUGUCUCUUCGGAACGCGAACGCGUGGGUCAGCGGUGAUGGUUAGCCGGCAAAAACGAAUGAACACGGACACGAAUGAUAGAUGAAUAUAGAAUGCGCUCGGAUAGUGUGCCGCAAAGGAGCAGAGCGCAUUCAAGACAUUCUCAAGCGAUAACGGGAACGGGAUGCAUUCGUACUUACGAUUGCUUUCGGUACGACACGCGCUAGGAAAGAAACGCUAACUCCGUGCUCGGGCUUCGUGUUGUUGCUGGCGGUUGCUGGGUGACCGACGGGCAGACGCGAAGUGACUUGCAGAUGAGAGCGACAAGUUAGAAGACUCCGCCUUCAGUUGUAAACUAUUUAUGUACCUGCCUGUGCUGGUUGCUAAGGACUCUUAGAGGAACCCUAGCAACUGUUGCAAAUCGACAAAUUACAUGACUUCACUUUGAGCACCGUUCAAUUAUUAUGGAAUCAUCUGAAGAAAUACUCUUGAAAAAUAAUGAGGUUAAAAAAGAAACAAUUACCUCUUUACUGGAGCAACAUAAAUCACAGGACGUUUGGAUUUCUGAUGAAGAGUUUUAUACGGAAGGAAGCAGUGAUGAAGAUGACAUGGCCUUACGCAUCAAGCAACGUGAGCGAAGAAAGGCAAAGAGAGAAGAAUCUUCGGGCGGGACUCAGGUGGCCCGGUGCCGGGGUGUCGUGGAUGCUGCUGCAGAUGGUGAGGCUGGAGGCGAGGCGCGGUACCAAGACGGGGCAGUCGCUGGCGAGGCCGAGGCAGGCCCGGGCCUUGAGGAGGCGCCCCAGACGGCGGGGCCCUUCAAGUCCCUGUGCGAAGCGUACAGCAGCAUGCACAAGCUGGACGCGCUGCUGCGGCAAUCGGACCAGCGGCUCAAGGAGGCCCAGGCAGAGACGCUGCAGGCCCAGCUGACCACGCGGUCGCACCUGCGCCAACUGCGGCAGCGGACGGGCAGCCAGAACGUGGUGAUGGCCAGGAACUGGGACGCCUUCAUGAAGCUGUGCCCCGCCAUGGAGGCCAUGCAGCCGGUCAUGGACGACACUCCAAAGCAGGUGCGGAGCAGGGACUCCGUGCUGCCCAGGAUCAGCGGCACCAACUCGGACCAGGAGUCGGAGGACUCGGACCACUCCACGUCCGCGCUGGCCAUCACCGACGAGGAGAAGCUCAAGCUGGCCGCCCUCCUCAGAGACUUGGACCAAGACCUGGCCGCCGAGGAAGACGACGACAUGGACGCGGGGUCGGGUCCAGAGCGCGGCCCGAGGGCAGAGCCACUGGGGGCGGGGUACAACCUGGACGCUGAGGUUCGCCGCAGCCUGGAGAACAUCGACGGAAAGCUUCAGGAGCUGGUCCCGGAGACGUCGGCGCGGAGGCUGCGGCAGGGCGGUUCGUCCGCGGCGGGCAAGGCGGGCACGAGGCAGCAGCGCCUCGACGACAUCGACCGCUGCCUGCGCGCGCUCGCCGAGUCCGCCCUGGAGGACGUGGAACCCGUCAGCGAGGAGGAGGUCCAGGCGCUGCUGCAGGAGGCCCGGGGUUGGUGCGGCCCCAGCGCUCCCACGGACAAGCAGGACAAGCCGCUGCUCGAGCCCAACCUCAUCCACGGGCUGCUGCAGGAGGCCCGGAAGGAGCUGCCCCGGUUCCGCUACCGCCACCUCCAGGACGCCGACGGCCAGCGCUGCAAAGCGCCCCACUGCCCUUGACCUGCUUCAACCAAACGUGCAUAUGAUGUCAUUUCGUUAUUUAAGAUAGUAAAAAUAUCAUUAAACGACCACUUUUAUCACUUUUUUUUUCGAAAAGCAACCGUUUUUGUACGGUUCUGAGUUGAGGAGCGGCGAGGCUUAUUGAGACGCCAAGGCUCGCCAAGGCUGUCGACGCGUUCGCGAGUUUGCGACGACGGGGCGUUCGGGUCAGCGAUAAGGCGAGACCCACUUCUCUCACGGCUGCCUGCCUUGACUCCGGGGAAAACACACUUUCCUUCCUUUAACGAGCGUGAAGGCGUAAACGCGGCGGCACUAGGCGGCCAGCGGGCCGCUUCCGAGUGGGGGUGUCUCUUCGGUCUCUCUCGCACUCGCGGCGCGUUCCGCGUGGGUGUGACAGAGACAGACCGACGGGACCGCCCGCUCGGAGUCAGCCUGCUGGGGGCACGCCGGGGGGCACGCCGCCACCCCAGGGAAACCGAGUUAG